AUGGAUGAUAUAAUUAGUGGUAUUUUGCAGCUAAUCGGUGGUAAUGUUAAGCUCUCGCGUCCUCCCAAUAAAUUGCAGCCAUUGGGUCCCUAUAGACCUGAUCUGUCUCUCUCGGCCACACGUAUUAACAAUCGCGGGCCACCAAAAGGACCAGGACCAUAUAUGAACCCAUUGAAUCAUCCAAUACCUAAUGCAGUUCCUCCCAGUGUAUUAAUAGGUCCGGGCAGACCGGCAGGUAUUGCUCUACCAUUCCCUCCGUCUCAUUUGGCACGACUUCCCAUACCUUUAAACAUAAUGCCUACGAAACCUCCGUUCGCUAUCCCCGAAAGUGAUGUGAGUUUUCUUUUAGGUUUAAUUAAACCACACAUUAAGGAUGAAAAGGAAAUGAUUGCUCUGAAGAAUCUGCCCAAACUUCAAACCUCACAAAUGAGUGAUAAAAUCAAAGACAAAACACUCAUUAAUUCUGUUAUCAAUUCUCGGCCCAUAUUUACAGACAAAUAUUUGACCAAUCCUUCCAAAAUCCAAGAUCAACCACACACUCCACCACCAUCUGGUCCGGUCACUGAUUGGGUGCCGGUAUUAGUGCCUUCAAGUGCUACGAGCCAUGACGUGACUUCAGACGAGCCAAUCAUCAUAACAAUGCCUGAAGAGCCCAGUGUUUUCGAAGUGAUUGUCAAGCAACAAAUUGGUCCCAAGACUUCCACUUCUUCUGUGCCAACAAUAGAUCCGACACCAGUUCUCCAGAUACCAAAUAUUGCCACUGUUAUCACCACUCAAAGUAUCAAUUCAACCACAGUUUCAACAAAUGCACAAAUAACCAAAACAGCCGUCAAUUCAUUAAUAAAUUUGUCAACAAAUUUGGCCCAAAAUGUUAGCGGCGACGACGCCGAUGUAGUCUAUGGACGACCGCCUCCUCACAACGUUCACAAACCCAUUGCCCCCUCUUUUACCAGCAGUUCAGAGGAAAUCAUUACACUCUUAGGUUCGGCUGAAAUGUCUUCGACUUCGACCAGAAAUAGUAUGACUGCUAUCGGAAAACCAAUUGUAGUUCCGGUGGAAAUGGAUGAAGUGAAGCCUCAUGCGGGUCCCAUUCGACCCAACCCUAACCACCACAAUCGACAUUCACCAGGUUCUCCUAUCAAUGCCAAAGCACCGACACUACAGGUAGGAUCGGGAGUUAUUGUUAGUGGGGAUGAUAAUAGUAAUGAUAAGAAAGGAAUUCUUCAGCCAAACGGACAGACAUCCCAGACUAAGCCAUUGAUUGUAAGGCGGCCACCAUUUAGACCCCGUCCUAAUGUACCGAUUGUAAGAAUAGACACCUGUAUUGUGGGCGACGACUCGACCUGUGAGACCGCACUUAAUGAGAAAUGUUUAACAGAAUUGGGUCUGAGUUCGUGUCAGUGCAGACCCGGCUUUUCUAGAGGUCAGGCGCGCAGUCCAUGCAUUCCUGUUGUAUCGCUGGCCCUAUCCUUAAAAGUGGACAAAAUUGGAGAUAAGAAGCUAUUAUUUAGUCGUAAUUUACUUAACUCUGACUCUGAAGACUACCAAUACCUUGAAUACGAAAGUCUUCAGGCGAUUAACUCUAUAUUCUCGACAUCGAAGUUAAAUAAAGUCUAUUUGGGAUCCAAAGUGAAUAAGUUUUACUCAGUGGCCGGAAAGACAAUCGUAAACGCGAGCAUAAAUCUAGAGCUGAAUAACGCCACUUCCAACCCAUCCAUCAAACGGUAUGUCCAGCAGGACUUGACUCGAGUGAUAGCCGUCCGCAACAAUAAUAUCGGCGAAAGUCAGCUCUGGGUUGAGGGCAGUCUUAACGCCAUUCCCAGAGUGGAGGAUCUGAAUGAAUGCUCAAACACUGAUUUGAAUGAUUGUUCAAAACAUGCCAAAUGUGUCAAUGAAUUCGGAACCUUCCGGUGUGAGUGUGAAUCGGGAUAUGAAGACAAGUUUGCAAACGACAAACAAAAGUCGGGCCGGUUUUGCGCUAAUUGUUCGCCACAAUACUGUUCCAAUAGAGGAGAGUGUCUUAUUGUGAACGGCCACAGAGAGUGCAAAUGUAAAGCAAACUUCAUUGGAUCCAAAUGUGAUAUUGACGCCGAAGUAUUAGGGGUUGCUUUGGGAGGAUCUGUUGCAGCGCUUAUCAUAAUUAUAAUCACAUUCUUAUGUCUAUAUAUGUGGAAAUGGAAAAGAGAACAGCAAAAGAUGGAAGCUAUGAGUGCUGCGAGCGGUCAUACAUUCAGUUAUGUCAAUAAACAGGCGGCCACUGCUUAUAGACUGACAAUUGAUGAUCGGAUGAGAUGGGCUCAGAUCGCAGAAGCCAUGGCAUCCAAUCCCACGUAUUCUACAAAUUAUUAUGUCAACCCUGAGCAAAUGUCCUCUAGUCAUAGUCAGCAUCACAUGAACCACGUCUACGCCACACCUAAUCGGGUCUCUUCUUCGGGAACUCUUCUUAACGACGAUCUCUGCGCCUAUGAGUCGCGUCAAUACAAUCGUUCUCUUCGACCAAAAUCUCGGGCCACGUCUACAACUCAUGGAUACUCUGCGAGAACAGGACUGGUCUUCAAUGUGAUUGCAAUUGUGAUAGAAGUGACACAACUGUCCAAACAAUCGCAGAGCACUUCCCAGACAUAUCACAAACAAACACUAUUUCCGACCAUUUGA